UGGACCAUGUGGUGGGUCUGGAGACCAUUACCAAGAUGUCAGAGAGCUCGGCCCCAGCGCCACCAAGUCUAAGAAGGGCAUGUUCAGGACAGUGGGUCAGCUCUACAAGGAAUCCCUGGGCAAACUGAUGACCACGUUGAACAACACACAGCCCAACUUCAUACGCUGUAUCAUCCCCAACCACGAGAAGAGGGCAGGGAAGCUGGAUGCUAACCUGGUUCUGGAACAGUUGAGGUGUAACGGGGUUCUAGAAGGGAUCCGUAUCUGCAGACAGGGCUUCCCCAACCGCAUCGUGUUCCAAGAGUUCCGACAACGCUAUGAGAUCCUAGCAGCCAACUGCAUCCCAAAGGGUUUCAUGGACGGGAAACAGGCUUGUCAACUAAUGAUGAAGCACCUGGACCUGGACCCUAAUCUGUUCCGUAUUGGUCAGAGUAAGAUGUUCUUCAGAACAGGAGUGUUAGCCCAGCUGGAGGAGGAGAGGGACCUUAAACUGACCGUGGUCAUCAUCGCCUUCCAGGCCCACGCUAGGAGCUUCCUGUCUCGCCGAGCGUUUAGUAAGCGUCAGGCCCAGCUGACUGCUAUGAAGGUGAUUCAGAGGAACUGUGCCGUCUACCUGGUCCUGAAGAACUGGCAGUGGUGGAGGCUGUUCACCAAGGUGAAGCCCCUCCUCCAGGUGACACGACAGGAAGAAGAAAUGGGUCAGAAGGAGGAGGAGCUGAAGUCUGCCAAGGAUCUGGCUCAGAAGAGCCAGGUGGAACUGAAGGAGAUCUCCCAGAAACACACACAGGUAGUAGAGGAGCGAGCUAAACUGGAGCAGAAGCUUCAGGCGGAGACAGAGUUGUAUGCUGAGGCAGAGGAGAUGAGGGUUCGUCUGGAGGUCAAGAAGCAGGAGCUGGAGGAGGUGCUCCAUGAGAUGGAGUCGCGGCUGGAGGAAGAGGAGGAGAGAGCCACACAGCUGCAGCAGGAGAGGAAGGACAUGCAGCAGCAACUACAGGCCAUGGAGGCCCACCUGUCAGAGGAGGAGGACUCUCGUCAGAAGCUGCAGCUGGAGAAGGAGCGUAAACUGUUGGAGGAGAGAAUAGCAGACUCCAGCUCUAACCUGGCUGAGGAAGAGGAGAAGUCUAAGAACCUGACCAAGCUGAAGAACAAACAUGAGUCUAUGAUCUCAGACCUGGAGGUGCGUAUGAAGAAGGAAGAGAAGGGCAGGCAGGAUGUGGAGAAGGCCAAGAGGAAGCUGGAGACGGAGCUGGCUGAUCUCCAGGAGCAGCUGGCCGACCUGCAGGCCCAGCUAGCCGAGCUCAGAGCACAGCUCGCCGCCAAGGAGGAGGAGCUACUGGCCACACAGGCCAGGUUGGAAGAGGAGUCUGCUGCAUGUGUUGCUGCGGUGCGUCGUGUCAGGGAGCUGGAGGGGCUGCUAGGUGAGAUCCAUGUCCCAAAAGACACCCGCAAGGGUCAAAGAGGGGCUGCCAGGAGGAGGGCUGAUGCAGCCUGCAGAGACCUGGGAGAGGAGCUGAACGCUCUGAGGUCUGAGCUGGAAGACACUCUGGACACCACCGCCGCACAGCAGGAGCUACGGACGAAGCGAGAGCAGGAGGUUGCCAUGUUGAAGAAGGUGAUGGAGGAGGAAGGGAGGAACCAUGAAGCUCAGGUUCAGGAGAUGAGACAGAAACACACACAGACUGUUGAGGAACUGUCUGAACAACUGGAACAGGCCAAGAGGGUGCGAGCCAGUCUGGAGAAGGCUAAGCAGGGAUUGGAGAAGGAGUCAUCUGACCUCAGCGCAGACCUCCACUCAUUGGCCAACGCCAAGCAGGAGGUGGAGCACAAGAGGAAGAAGGUCGAAG